UUCCCACAGUGCUCAUCCAUGUCACAGAUAUUCCAUUCAAUUCAUUGUGAGUGAUCUACGCACAGCAUCAAUAGAUGUCCAGCUUUACAAUUAAAUUAAAAAUUCAUUACGUGUUUUUGGUAAAGACGACAUAAAAACUUCGAAAUGGGUAAAAAGAAACCGCAGAACAUAGUACUUGGAGCCAUUGGGCAGCAAGCAGGACCGCAACAGCAACCAGGACCUCAGCAGCAACAUCCGGAAGGUUCACAGCAGCAGCAGCAGCAGCAUCCGCAAGGUUCACAGCAGCAGCAAAGACCUCAACAACACCCGGAAGGAUCGCAGCAACAAAAAGGACCUAAGCAACAGCCGCAAGGUUCUCAGCAACAAAAAGGAUCUAAGCAACACCAGCAAGGUUCGCAGCAACAACCACAGGGUUCUCAGCAACAAAAAGGACCUCAGCAACACCAGCAAGGUUCGCAGCAGCAAAAAGAACCUAAGCAACAUCAGCAAGGUUCGCAACAACAAAAAGGACCUCAGCAACACCAGCAAGGUUCGCAGCAACAAAAAGGACCUAAGCAACACCAGCAAGGUUCGCAGCAACAAAAAGGACCUAAGCAACAUCAGCAAGGUUCGCAACAACAAAAAGGACCUCAGCAACACCAGCAAGGUUCUCAGCAACAAAAAGGACCUCAGCAACAGCAGCAAGGUUCACAGCAGCCAGCAUGGCCUCAGCAACAAAAAGGACCUCAGCAACAGCAGCAAGGUUCACAGCAGCCAGCAUGGCCUCAGCAACAUCCGCAAGGUUCGCAGCAACAAAAAGGACCUAAGCAACACCAGCAAGGUUCACAACAGCCAGCAUGGCAUCAGCAACAAAAAGGACCUCAGCAACAGCAGCAAGCAUGGUCUCAGCAACAACCGCAAGGUUCGCAGCAGCAACCUGAGCAGUUCAAGAGAAAAGACAAAGAUGGCCAAGCGCCGAAAAAGCAACCAGAUCCCACAGGGCCUACUACAUCAGAAGUACCACGGCCUGGCAGUGCAGUACACCGUGACGCAUCUGUUUCGUCUGCGAAAUCCAGCGGCUCCGGCGAUGGUUCCCUUCGGCCCAUCGAAGAAAAUCUGCAACAGAUGCGCAUCGCGAAGGAAAAGAUUCGCCGAACAGACCUGCGACCGGUAUUGAUGCGCAGCGGAACUCAAGGUACUCGCGGCAAAAAGGUUACGGUAGAAGCCAACUUCUUCCGGCUUCUGCUCGACAAGCUGAAGGGUGUGGCGUACCACUAUGAUGUGGCAAUUGAACCGGAUCGGCCAAAGAAGUUUCUGCGCGGAGUAUUUGCCCAGUUCUGCAAGAAUAGCUAUCCGGGUGUAUUAUUUGCGUACGAUGGACAAAAGAGUGCCUACACGACGCGCAAGCUAAGCGACAUGAAGGGCAAGGUGGUGUAUCAACCAGACGAUGGGGGCAGAGCAAAAGAGUACACCGUGCAGGUGAAGGAGGCGGCCCAGCUCGAUCUGGCUGUGCUUAAAACAUACAUGAACUCGAAAGAUGCCUCGUUCGCCAAACCGAUGAGCGCCAUUCAGUGUCUGGAUGUGGUGUUGCGCUGCGCCUAUGAGAACAAUCCCAACUUUGUGCGGUUUAAAAGAUGCGUGUACAUGGUUCCAAGCAAUAGCAUCGACAUCGGCAAAGGACACGAACUGUGGUACGGUUUGUUCCAGUCGGCCGUGCUCGGUUCGCGGCCCUACAUCAAUUUGGACGUUUCACACAAAGCGUUCCCGUGCGCGUCCCCUCUGCUGAAGGUGAUCAGCGACUUCAACCGUGGUAACCUGGAUCAACUAAACAGGUGGGUGGUGGACGAGCUGCAAACCUUCCUGAAGGGUAUGGACGUGGUUUACAAAAACCCGUCGGGCAUUACGAAACGAAUGCGAUGCAAUGGUUUGCGCGACCCUGCCAACCAACAGAUGUUCAAAAUGGACGAUGGGACGCGUCUGUCGGUGGCGGAUUAUUUCGCCAGACACCUAAACUAUCGACUACGCUACCCAAAUCUUCCCGUCGUGCAUGUCGGUAGUACCGUGCGUUCGGUGUACGUACCGGCCGAACUCUGCGAUAUACCAGGCGGACAGGCCUUGACCAAAAAUCAUCCGGAGGAAUGUACCCGUGAUAUAAUUCGCUACGCCGCAACCAAUACGCAGACACGAAAGCAAAAGAUUGUUGGCCUAGCGUCACAGAUUCAGUACAACUCAUGUCCGACACUGUUGGACUUUGGCAUCGGCGUCGGUAAGGAUUUCGAGCAGGUGCCGGCGCGCAUCAUCGAUGCCCCACCGAUCGAGUAUGCGAGGAACGAGAAGAUUGCUCCCCGGUCUGGUGUCUGGCGGGCGGAGGGUAAGAACUUUCUUCAACCCAGCACGGAACUGAGCCGAAAGUCGCUGCGCUGGCGUAUACUGAACCUGGAUGGAUACACAAAUGAAGCCACGGUGAAGAAGUUCGGAGAAAUGUUGCAGCAGCAGGCUAUACGAUGCAACGUACAGAUGGAACCGUUCGACAUGGGCAGUACAUACGUGUUGGUGCGUAACCCUGCUAAUGCUCUGCGCGAUAUCGGUACACUGCUAGAAGGCAUCAAGCAAGCAAAUCCUGCGAUCACGAUUGUAAUAUUACCAAGUCGUGGUGAUGCGUACGCGAAGGUUAAACAGAAGGCAGAGCUAGCCAGUGAGCGUAUCGGCUUGCUGACACAGUGUGUAAAGGGUAUGACGGUCGCAAAGAAGAGUACCGACAUGAGCACUCUCAACAACAUCAUGUUGAAGAUAAACGCCAAAACAAAUGGCGCAAACCACUGCAUUUCGCAAGCCGCGGUACCACCAUUGGGACGCGGAAAUGUCAUGUACAUCGGUGCGGACGUCACACAUCCACUCAGUGACGAUGUACCGAGUGUGGUUGGUGUGACAGCGCUGUACGAUACGAUCGGUUUCCGGUACAAUUGCAGCGUUCGGCUGCAAGGUGCGCGGGAUGAAAUGAUCCGAGAUCUGGAGAACAUUGUGCACCGACAGCUGCAGCUGUACGAACAGUACAACAAAGUACUGCCGGAACGCAUCAUGUACUAUCGCGACGGUGUGUCGGAUGGGCAGUUUUCCGAAAUUCUCACAAUCGAGCUGCAGGCACUGCACGCAGCUAUAGCGCGCGUCAAACCCGGCUACAAACCUGCGGUUACCUUCAUCGUCGUGCAGAAGCGCCAUCAUACGCGAUUCUUCCCACACGGUAACUGCCCGUCAGAUGGCAAAAACUGUAAUGUACCACCUGGUACGGUCGUCGACAGCGAGAUCACGUUGCCGAAUCGUUACGAAUUCUAUCUCGUGAGCCAUGCGGCCGUGCAGGGUGUUGCCAAACCGACCAAGUACGUCGUGCUCUAUGAUGAUUCAUCCUGUAAUCCGGAUCACCUGCAAGCAUUGACUUACAAUCUGUGUCAUCUGUUUGCACGGUGCAACCGGUCGGUUUCCUAUCCGGCACCGACCUAUUAUGCCCAUCUGGCGGCAUACCGUGGUCGAGUGUACAUUAAAGAUCGGCGCAUUAACAUGAAUAAUUUGGAUGCAGCUUACCGGGACAUUCAAAUUAUUUCCAGCGUCACUGAUACUAAUCCCAUGUUCUUCGUAUAAACUGCAGCAGCAGCACAAAGUGAGGACGUUGAAGGACACCUAAUUAAUCAUAUGAUACAUGACUGUCUUCAAUCUCUUCCUUUCAUUUACAUUUAUAUGCUUUAAUCAUUUUUUCUUUACCAUAAAUCAUUUAAACAUAUUUCUAUAUUCUGAUUGACCACUCAUUUCCAAUAACACUUUACUUUUUCAUAUAAACACUUUAAUCUGUUAACACAAUAGUGCAUUUCGUUACAUUCUGUGUUGUUUCCGUAAUGGACAAAGUGGUAUUGUGAUAAUAGUGAUUUUAUAUUAACCUACACAUACAACUAUAUAUAUAUAUA